CGGUGGGUCUCGUCAAAAAAGCGACGGAGCUCGUACCGGUGACACGUAGCGAACUGUCACGCACGGACGUGCGGAGUUACCGAGAUACCGGACGGUCCGAGCGGAUGAGGAAGGGGUGCUGCGGGAGGAUCAUCGAGAGCGGGUGUCGCCGUGGUCGUCGUCUUCGUCGUCGCUGCCGCUGUCAUCGUCGCCGUGUCCGGAAUGCGGUGCGGCCGUGACGUCUCGUGCCGCGCGCCCGCCGAGGAAGAUCGUCACGUUACACCCACACACGCCGGCCACGGGUGCUCGUCAUGAGACUCGGAUGACGUACGGCGCGGUCCGUAUCGAAGAACCGGUGAGGGCUAAAAACUGCCGAGACUGCCGCGGUAGCUCUUUGCGUUUGCUCGCCGACGCCUCCGCGCUCGGGGGAGGCGAAUCGAGGACUCAUUUGUUUCAUCGAGACGAGAAUGUCGACUGAAACGAGAUUAAUUCGUACGGGGGUGUGAGGUGACUCGUAACUUCAGUCUCGAACUCUUUAGUCUAGAUUUGCUUCAUUUUGGGGCAGUCAAUUUAGCUUGCAACGGAACGACGGGAGGGACACACUUGGGAGAGUAGAAGUGCGCGAGUUCAGUGCGGAAGUAUUAAAUUCAUUGGAACCGAAGACACUGAACUCUGGAUACGAACGACUGGUGAAUCAGAGAGUGGACGAGAAAGGUAUAGAACGUCGAGGAACUCGGGAAUCUCUUCGUUCGAAAUUUUUUCUUCUCGAGACCAAUCGAGACUUUUCCAGUGUAAGAAACUUUCUUCUCGAGAACAUUUUACUGAAUUUUAUCUUUUGGAUAAACCAAGAAAUUCUCACGGGAACGUGUGUGUGUGGUGGACGUGAGUGUUUAGUGUCGCUCGACGAAGAGGAGGACUUCCGACGAGGACCUCAAGCAAGUUCCAUCCUCGUCGUCUCUUCGUGGCUCGAAGACUUCUCACGUUCGAGGCUUCAACGCAAGAACACCAUGUUGGAGUUUUACCCUCCGGCGCCUGGUUCUUUCAAUCAAGGUUCUUUCAAAAGUGAACCGGGCCAGCCUCUGCCGGCGGUUCCACCUAUCCCUUUCCGGCCCACUGCGGAUAACAAUAAUGCAGAGCCGUCCGUUUCCGUGAAGACAGAGUCCGGCCUCCUGGAGACGAUCUGCGCCGGCUGCGGCCGUACCAUCGCCGACAAGUACGUGAUGAGAGUCGCCGAGAGGAAUUACCACGAGGAGUGCCUCUCCUGCACGGCCUGCGGCGCGAUGCUGUCGCACUCGUGCUUCAUACGCGACCUCAAGCUCUACUGCCGCUCUGACUACGAGAGGAUCUUCGGGGUGAAGUGCGCGCGUUGCAUGGAGAAGAUCAGCUGCUCGGACCUGGUGAUGCGGGUGGCUAGCUUGGUCUUCCACGUGGAGUGUUUCAUGUGUUGCAUGUGCGGCCAGCCGUUGCCGAGGGGCGCCCACUUCAUCCUCAGGCAGGGCCAGCCGAUCUGCAGAAGGGACUUCGAGCAUGAGUUGUUUCUAAAUAGUCCGCAAGAUGAUGACUUAUUGGACGAGAAUCGACCACGGGACGGUCGUCGGGGCCCGAAACGGCCGCGGACGAUCCUCACGUCGGCACAGCGGCGUCAGUUCAAGGCGUCGUUCGAAGUGUCGCCGAAGCCCUGCAGGAAAGUGCGAGAGGCCCUCGCCAAGGACACCGGGCUCAGCGUGCGCGUGGUCCAGGUGUGGUUCCAGAAUCAGAGGGCGAAGAUGAAGAAGCUUCAGAGGAAAGCCAAGACCGAGCCGGGAUCCGACAAGGAGCCGAAAGAAGAGCGGAGGACUGAGAGUCCGCACAGCGAUCACAGUCAUUACUUGAACGCCCUGAACAUGCGCGACGGGGAAUCUUCUAGCUUCCCCUCAGCCACCCAACCGCUCAACCCCAAUAACCCGUACUCGCCCGACGACGCGUAUCCGGGACACUCGGGGGAGAGUUUCUGCAGCAGCGACUUGUCCCUCGACGGCACGGAGGGUGGCUUCGACAUCGGCGAGAACGACGGCGGCGGCGCGGAUGGCAGUCAUCAAGGUGCCUCGCACUCCCACCACAGCUCGUCGUCGCAUGACACCCCGUCUCUGUCGCAGAGUCUGCACGCGGCCAUACACAAUCCCAUCGACAAACUGUUUAUGAUGCAGAGUAGUUACUUCAGUGGUGAUCACGCGUAAUCCACGUUUCCACCCCCUCUUUCUCUCUGCCACACGUCACCACACUUGUUUCGAUCUCUUCCUUUUCCUCGCCCUUCAUCCUUCUCCUCGUCGUCGCUCUUCCUAGCCGCGUCCCCCUCUCACCUGUCCUGUCCGAACCCCCGUGAGGCUUUCACCUGUCCCUUCGACGUUCGGCUGGUCUGUUGUCUCGUGUACUCCGCGAGCAAGUCGGAAUCCCAUACUUUACCGAGUUUUCCUCGCUCCGUGGAUAAUAAUGAUGAUCCUCGGCGGUUGAGUGCUGUUGUUUCUUUCGCUGGUCCACGACUCUUUGUAUGGGAACGAAAGAGAAACCGACGCGACGCGACGAUUAAUCGAAGCGAAUGAUCGUGAUAGAUAUCAUUUUUUAAAUAUAAUGGCAUCUUUCCCUAUAUAUAUAUACGAUAUAUAUAUAUAUGUAUUAUAUUAUAUUGUAUUAUUUACUGUCAAUUGUGAGCGAAAUCGUUUGGGAUUUUCAUUUGACGAGCUAACUGGGAAAACCUGUUCGACAUAUUAGUUAUUACAUGUAACAAUUGAUAUGUAGUGGCAAAUAGGGCUAAUAAUAACUAUGUCAAUAAAAAGAGAAACCAUAUACGCUAAUGAGAACAAUCGAGCUGGCACUAUGAGCGCAAAAGAGAAAUUCAUUUGCACAUGAUUACGUUAUAAUUCAUCCGAAGAUCAGAUUUCAUUAGGUUUAUUUAAUUUAUAUUGUUAUAUAUCUCCCCUAAUCGCGCUGUUUAAUUUAUUGGAUCGUCUAAUUUUUUUGCGAUGAUUCGUAAAGAUAUAUUAAGCGCGCGCGACGAAAGAUAGAUGUAUGUUCCGUAUAUUAUCGCGAGAACAUACUUAAGAAGAUACACGUUCGACAUACCACGCAGCAAUUAUAAUUAAACAGUGUAUCCUUCUGUUUUCAUCUAUAAAACCAUAUAUUUAAA